AUGUUCGAGUCAUACCAAUCCAGCGAAGCAGGCCCCUCGCUGGGCUUCAGACUUCCCCCCUCCGCUUUUUUCAAACUGCCCGGUCAACAACCGAUCAGUCUCAUUCCUCCUGCCAACGAGCCAUCUCUCGCACAGCCAUUUCAGAUCCCACCAAACCUCUACGCACAACUCCUCGAUUACCGAGUACCUCUCACAAUCGGAAGCAUCUACGCUACCACCGUUAUUCUCCUUAACCGAGUCAACAAAUCGCGCGGUUACAAGCCAUGGGGUUUCAGCAAGGCGAGCUGGUUCAAGGUGUUUGUGAUUCUGCACAAUGUCUUUCUCGCUGUUUACUCUGCAUGGACCUGCGUGGGCAUGUGGAGGUCAUUGCGCAUGUCAAUUCCUCGCUUCAACAACGAAUUUGGUGCAGUAGGUGUGAUUGAUGGUUUCUGCAGGGUCGCUGGUCCUCGUGGUUUGGGUAACGGCGCCAUUUACAACUCUACGGCCGAUACAUGGCUCAUACCAAACCCUGAAUACAAAUUAGCUGCCAACGGACAUCCCGAUCCUACUGACGUAGGCCGUCUGUGGAACUCGGGUCUGGCCUACUACGGCUGGAUAUUUUAUCUGUCCAAGUUCUACGAGGUUAUUGAUACUGCGAUUAUCCUUGCCAAGGGCAAGAGGAGUUCGACCUUGCAGACUUACCAUCACACCGGUGCCAUGAUGUGCAUGUGGGCUGGCAUUCGGUACAUGGGACAGCCAAUCUGGAUCUUUGUACUCGUCAACUCGUUCAUCCACUCCCUGAUGUACAGCUACUACACUGUCACUGCUCUGCAUUUCCGUGUACCUAACGCAAUCAAGCGUUCUCUCACAACCAUGCAGAUCACGCAGUUCAUCUUUGGCACUUUUGCUGCCAGCUCGUACAUGUUUGUGCGCUACUCGAUCCCUGUUAGCGUCUCUCGCGCUGUGUCUUUGGAGCAUCUCCAAAAGGCCAUUCCUGCCGCUGCUUCGGCCGCCGAGUCUGGUAUCGCUGCAGCAACUGCUUCUGCCGGCGUUGUGCCAUGGUUGAAAAAGAUCGCGUUCCGUGCUGCCGGCGCUGAGGGUAUUGCAGAGAACGUCCUGAACGCCCAAGGCCAACACUUUGGCGCCGACGCUCUGAAUGCCGCUCGCUUCUCUCAGUCCAAACAACAAGCUGAAAACGCCAUCCUCUACGAAACAAUCGACUGCGUCGACAACAGCGGCCAGGCUUUCGCCAUCUGGCUCAAUGUCAUGUAUCUGCUGCCCUUGACCUACCUCUUCGCCCGCUUCUUCGUCAAGUCCUMCCUCCGCCGCAAGGAACCCGCCCAACAAAAAGCCGGCACUCAAAUCCAACAAGUCGAAAAGGCCGGCCUUGAUGCCCUCAAGGGCGUCAGCCGUGAAAUCCGCCGUGCAGCUCUCGAGCAAAACGGUAAUGGCGAUACAUCCGCUUCUGACGAGGAUUUCUCCAGCAACGAAAGAAUUCAAAGACUCACUUCAACCGCUCAAGAAAAGAUUCACAACAUGGAGACCAAACUCGCCAGCGAGCAGAAGAAAGAUGACUUCGAAGCCGUCCCAGCUAAACGUCGUGCGAAACGCGGCGAAGCCGAGAAGAGCGUCACAUCUACCUCACCCGUGAAAGCCAGUAAUACAUUUGACGUAUUACAAACCGAGUGA